AUGGACAGAGCCGCUGUGGUGACGAGCCCCAGGACUCCAGCAGCACCUGAAUGCAACAUCUCCACCUCCACUCUGGCCUUCGACCAGCACUUCACCACUGACAUUAGAGGAAUACUCUUCUUGGCCGAGAUAGUGUUUGGUAUGUUGGUGUGGAUUCUGGUCGGGGGCACAGACUACUUUCUCCUGCCUGCUCUCUGCUGGGUGAUGUUUGUUUCUGUCUUGUUCUGGGUUCUGACUUUGUGUUUGUUUGUUAUUUAUCUCACUGGAGUCCAUCACAGGAUACCACAGGUCCCUUGGACUACACUGACUCUGUGCCUGAACUGUAGUGCCACAGCUCUGUAUCUGGUGACAGCAGUGGUGGAUGCUAUUUCUGUCCACCAGGCCAUUAGGGGGCGACACAACUACAACUGCUGGGCAGCGUCUGCUUUCUUUGCAUUUCUGACCACACUGUGCUAUACAGGAAGCAGCUACCUGAACUACUGUUCCUGGAAAUCCAAAGAGGAGGGACGAUAAUAUCAUCACAUGCUGUUUGAAAACAACAUCAACAACACUUCUCAGACUUAGCCUGAAGAAUGUGUUAUGUAGAUCUCAUGUGUUAUGAGUUAUGGAGAUCUACCCUCAAACCAGGAAGAUGCUUCAGUCUUAAAAUAAAUUAACAAGAACAGAAACUAUCAGCUGUCUAUCAUGGAAAAGAGGCCGGCUUUCUACAUCAUAUUAUUUAACUGAGAAAAGCCAAAGAAAGUUUAGUAAAUGAAAGAUGCCGGUUGAAAGAAAUAGAUAUAUUUUUAGGCAUUUUUUUCUAUAAGAGGAGAUUAAUAAACUUCCAAUCCAAUAGUGACACACCUAUGAACUGUCUCAUUUAUAAAAGUAUCUCAACACAUUGGAGAAAAUGUGAGAUACACAACUCAGCUGAGAAUAACACAUUGGUUUGAAAUUACAUAAAAGAUGCUACCGAACAAGGUAAAGUAAAUUUAGAAAAAGGCCCUAGGAAAGGUGUUUUUACCAGGCUCAUGAUGUUUCACCCUCAGAUACCCUAAAAAUAAGUCCCACUCAGACUCCUUGUUUCCAAAAAUGGACACGAUAUAUUAACUGCAAUAAAGAUAUUAUUCAUUAUAAUCUUUCCCUCUUAUUUUGCAUUACUCUUUUCAUCAACACUACACCUGAUCAGAAAUUUUAAAAAGCUGACUAAUUUUCAGGGAUUUAACCCUCUAAAUACCAGUUUCAUAGCAUAGAAUCUCUUUUUAGUGUGAAAAAAAAAACAAAAAUGGAACAAUUGUCAUGCAAAUUGAAAUUCCUAGAAAGGGGUUAUAACAGCCUUGGAUAUAUCAGUGAUGAGCAGCAACUUUGAUACCUAUUCAUUGUUAUUUUUUCACACAGUAUAAUUUAAAAAAAAGAAAAAAAAAAGAAAAAAAAAAAAGAAGUUAUACUCCUAAUGUCCAAAAAUGGACACCAUACAUAGAGGGCAAAAAAAUUGCCCUUAAAAUUUUCCCACCUUUCUUGCAUUAUUUUUUAUCAAUAUGAGACCUGAUAAACAUACCAAAGUUGAUUAAUUUUCAGGAAUCUAACCAUUUAAAUGCUGAAAACCCUUUCAUUUUCUGUUGAAAAGAAAAAACAUAAAAAAUGAAAUAAAAAAAAAAACAUGCAAAUUCAAUUUUCCUCAAAAAGGUUAUCACAGCUUUGGAUAUGUCAGUGUUGAGCAGCAGCUUUUACAUUUAUGCAUUGUUUUUUUAAAUAUAUAUAUAAUAAAUUCAAAUGAGAAAUUACAUUUUGUAUUUUCUUAUAUUAUCCGUAUGUAUCAGAGUAUGCAGAAUUUGGGGAUAAUACUUUCCAGCAUCCUAGGCAUGACAUAGGUUUCCAUCCAAGCGGCAUCUACUCACAGAUGUUGCAGCUACAGCACCUGUGUACACAAAAAACUUCUCAAAAACAAAGCCAGCGUUUGUUCUGAUUUCCUCUGCAGCUUCAUCUUUGUUUCCCUGUGUUUUUUAUUACUUGAGUGAGGUCAUAUUUAGGUGAGUGUAGACAUUGUGGGGUGCUUAUAAUGAUGAUAAAAAAGGUGUGAGUUAAAGCGAGCAGGUUUGACUCUAUAGAAACACAGUAAAAACAAGCUCUUCACACUGAGAUAGCAGCCAGAUCAUGAGCAUACAGAAGCUGUUCUUUGGGUGUUCCCAUCCAUAAAAUAAACACCUGUUUGAGUUUUUGGCUUGUUGUCAUUUUGCUGCUAUGCACACCCUGUGUUCCAGUUUCUGUAAGAACAUCUGGUGAUUGGUCUCACGUUUGAAGGAAGUAAUAAUAAUGAUUGAGUCAAAGAAGCUGGACCUUCUGCAUAGCAAAUUCAGGUGACUGGAGUAAACUCUGAGUGAGUUCAAAUCAUCUCUAUCUGAAUGUACACGUGACACCCUGCAAUAAACUGUAGAGCUGAGUUAAAGUAACUCUUUUGUGGUAGUUGAUCCUCUGACUCUUAUCAGGAGUUAAAAGUAAAAUCUUACAGCAGUAAAAAUAAUACCCUCACUAAGAGUAAAAUUAACUCUAAUCUUUAGUUUAACUUAUGUUAUACCAUGGUCUUGGUGAAUACUCGAUUCUGAUUGGCUCUGGAAAUUCCAUUGGUGUCAAUUAACUUCUGAUAUACGGACACCUUUCGAACUUCUCAAGUAGUUCCAGUCAAAAAAUUCUCUUCACUGUUCCAAAUUAAAGCGCAGCAGCCGUUAGCCGUUACUGCGCUGGGAGUAACUAUAGCAACCUGAAACAGUCAUAUUUUCUGUGCAGGGAGUACAACGCUGCCAGUCUAAGAAGCCUAUAGACCGUCAUCAACCGUCACUUUACUGACAUAAAUCAUUUUUGUCUCUUUCACCCCCUCUCAGGAGUGGCCCCACAGACUCAAUCCCCAUAAACCUUAACAUG